ACGAACGACUACACCAGCCUCAGUUGACCAGCCUGCUCGGGGCUCGGCUGCAUCGCGUCUCCUUCCCCAGCCAUGCUAGGUCGCUCGCCGCUCAGCCAGGGCACGGCGGCUCGCCUCACUCCUCCAUCCACGCCGCCCCACUGCCUCGACGCCGGUGCCGAGGAGGCAAGGAGAAGCUCGUCCUUGGUCCACGCGCGCCGAGGAGGUCGUGAGGGGGGCACCAGAGUUCGCCUGAGACAGUCAUUUUCGUCUCCUCGCCACUGGCAGGUGGUCGUCGAUGUCCGCCAGCCGGCAAGCCAUCGGCUCGUCGCCGGCCGCCCCCCAUACAAAUCUGGCUACUGGAUUCUAUUUGUUCUUCUGAGUAAUUACAAUGGUUGUUUGACUUGGAGUUGGGACUCAAAAGGCUAGACUAAUCAAGUGACCAUGGUUAAAGGCAGCAGCGGCAACAUUCAGUCAUACUUCAAAAGACAAAGAACAAAGACACCACCUGAAGAUCCUCCAGCUACACAACCUUUACCUCUGCUUCUUGAAUGGGAACAACAACAAGAAAAUCAAGAUGAAGAGCCUCAAAUAAAUAAUUCAGUUCCUCUUCCUGUUCUAUUCCUAGGUAAGGAAUUCUUGGAGCGAGACCCCGCACUGCGACCACAAAUUUGGCAGUACCCACCAAAUCAGAGAGAUAAUGUGCGGAGGGCAUAUUUGUCGUUAGGCCCCAUGCAACCAAAACUCAAACAGUAUAGAGCUUCUGGUAAAAAGGGCCAUCAGCGUCGCUUCCAAUAUAAGUGGUUUGAUAGUUUCCCAUCAUGGCUAGAGUACUCAGAGGACAGCCAUCGCGCAUACUGUUUACUCUGCCUUGUUUCCAGCAGAAAUAUCUUAGCAAAAGGAGGCUCUGAUGUAUUCACAGUACAUGGAUUUGAUAACUGGAAAAAAGUGAAUGAUGAAAAAUAUUGUGCACUCUUAGGCCAUGAAGGUUCUACGCCAUGCUCACCACACAACAAUGCAGUCAUAGAACGUCAAGCAUUGUUGAACCAGGCAGGUCAUUUAGAAAAUGUUGUAGCAGCAAAGGAUGAUGAAAAGGUAGAAAGAAACCGUUUAAGGCUAAAAGCAUCUGUUGCGGUUGUUAGGUGGCUCACAUUUCAGUCUUGCGCUUUUAGAGGACAUAAUGAGAAAGCCGAGUCAAAGAAUAAACGAAAUUUUCUUGAAUUGUUAGGGCUUCUCGCAGAGUUCAAUCCUGAUCUUGCCAAAGUCAUUUUGGGGAAUUCUCCAUACAACUCAAAGUACACAUCUCCAGAUAUUCAAAAGGAAAUCUUGUCCAUAUAUGCAUCUAAAGUUAGGAGACAUAUCCGUGAAGAUUUGGGGGAUUCCAAAUUCUCUAUUCUGGUGGAUGAGACAUGUGAUGUGGCUAAAAGAGAACAAAUGGCAUUGGUUUUCAGAUUUGUUGAUAAAGCUGGCUUUUCACAAGAGCGGUUCUUUGAUUUGAUACAUGUGGCCAACACCAAGUCCAUGACACUGAAAGAUAAAUUGUGCUCUGCAUUAUCAUUAAAUGGUUUUGAUAUUUAGAAUCUCCUUGGACAAGGAUACGAUGGGGCUAGCAACAUGAGAGGAGAGCUGAAUGGGUUGCAGUCUCUUUUUCUCAAGGUAUGCCCAUAUGCAUACUAUGUUCAUUGUUAUGCUCACAGAUUGCAGCUAGCACUAGUAGAUGCAUCCAAAGAGGUGGUUCCUGUUGCCCAGUUUUUUCAGAAGUUGAUCUUCAUUAUUAACACAGUCGACUCCUCAUCAAAACGCCAUGAUGAGCUCCAUGAUGCCCAAUUGGUAGAACUAGCACGUAUGAUAGAAAAUGGAAGCAUUCAGACUGGUCAAGGGGCAAAUCAGACUCGAUCACUUAAAAGACCCGGGGACACUAGGUGGGGUUCUCACUUUGGUUCUAUUCAUAGCCUUAUGAAGUUGUUUAAUGCGGUAAAUUUUGUUAUCCAAGAUAUGGCUUCAGAUGGAUCAGUAGUGGGAUCAAUACGUGCUGACACUUCUUUCAGCUAUUUGUCCUCAUUCGAGUUUGUCUUUAUCUUAUGUAUGAUGAAGGAGAUAUUAGGGAUAACUGAAGGACUUGGUCAGGCUUUACAAAAGAGGUCACAAGACAUUGUAAAUGUUGUUCGUCUAGUGUUUGCAACAAAAGAGUGUCUUCGUCAGUUGAGAUCGGACAAUGGCUGGGAGGAAUUCUUUUGCAUAGUUGUUGAAUUUUGUGUGAAUCAUGACACUAAAAUUCCAGACAUGAAGGAAACUUGUAUCAUGCGUGGUGGCCGUGCACGGCAUCAGCCUGAUCAUUUCACUAAGGAGCAAUAUUUCCGAGUCGAGAUAUUCCGUGCAACUCUUGACAGCCAACUACAUGAAUUGGAUCGCAGGUUCAAUGAGAAGAUGAUGGAUCUUCUGUCCACCAGUGCCACAUUAAUUCCUAGAAAUAAAUUUAAAUCUUUUAAAGGUAGUGAUAUAUGUGAGUUGGUGAAGAAGUAUUACCCAGCAGAUUUUAGUCAACAAGACGUGUAUGGCUUGGAAAACCAACUAAAACUCUUUGUUCCUGAUGCUUCCAGUGAUGUAGAGUUGAAAAAUAUAUCAAUAUUGACUGACCUUUGCCAACUCCUUGUUGAGACUGGAAGAGAUAGAAUCUACCAUCUAAUUGACAGGCUACUUCGUCUACUUGUUACUUUUCCAGUUUCUAUAGCUAGUGCUGAACGAGCAUUUUCCAGUUUGAAGAUCAUCAAAACAAGGCUGCGUAAUACAAUGAAAGAUGAGAAUCUUGCCAAUAACUUGGUUGUUCACAUAGAGCGUGAAAUCGCAGAGAAAUACACGUUUGAGGACAUUUUAGCAGAAUUCAAAAGCAUAAGUGAUCGAAAAGCUGAUCUGUAGUACCACUCCUUUUGUAGUUCUUAGUUGGCUCACAGAAUGUCUUUGAGGUUUGAAGGCUGACUGGUACAAGUAGACAAGUCGUAUAUUUUGGUGUAAUUAGUCCUCUUAUGGAGUAUAUAUUGCUAAUCAUACAUGUAUUUUGCGAGCAAUAUAAGUAUAAAUUUGCCUGGA